AUGGCUUCCAUUCAAGACGCAUUUAAACAAGCACUCGCCUCUUGGGCAUCAGGAGUUACAGUUGUCAGCACAAAAUUAGAUGGCAACAUGUAUGGCCUGACAGCUUCAAGCUUUAGUUCACUUUCCUUAGAACCGCCUUUAGUCCUUGUUUGUCUCGCUAGUACCAACCGAUUGCCAUCAAUGAUAAAAGAAUCUCAGCAAUUUGCCGUUAGUAUUUUAGCCCAUGGACAGGAAGAGAUAUCCAAUAGUUUUGCACGUCCCGGGCGCGAACCAACACCAGAUUUUGAUGGGUAUGCAGGCAAGUUAACGACAAAUGACCAACCCAUUAUCCCUGAUUGCGCGGCUUAUCUGGCCUGUGACGUUCAUGACCUUAUCAUUCAAGGUGACCACUGCAUUGCGAUUGGUCGUGUUAUUGAAGCAGCUGCAGAUGAUACGCAACAACCACUUAUUUACUAUCGCCGUGCUUACCACACGGUAGGAAACUCGUAG